AUGGAGCGCUUUGAUAAAGCGGCACUGAGUGCGCUGCAGCCGUGCGACUUCAGAAAUGAAAGUUCAUUAGCCUCUACUCUGGAGACGCUCCUGUUCUUCACAGCUUUAAUAAUCACUGUACCUAUUGGGUUGUAUUUCACGACUAAAUCUUAUGUUUUUGAAGGCGCCUUUGGGAUGUCCAAUAGAGACGGCUAUUUUUAUGCUGCUAUUGCUGCAGUGGUCGCCGUCCAUGUGGUGCUGGCCCUCUUUGUUUAUGUGGCCUGGAAUAACGGCUCACGGCAGUGGCGUGAAGGCAAACAGGAUUAA